CUUGUCUGGAAGCAAAGAACUGAGAGAUACAAGGGGGAGACAAGGAGAAGUGAACAUUUUUGAAAAAUCACUCAGCUUUAACACACCUUGGCUGGGUCUGGAUAAAAAAAAAAAGUGGGAACUGCAAACUUCUAGAAGAAAACAUCAGAGGAAGAGAGAGGGGGGAUUUAUUCAAAGUUGUUUCCCAUUCCUUCAAAAUCUCAAACUCGGUGGCUAUGGUAUGGAUGUAACCAAGAGAAACAAACGAGAUGGCACAGAAGUCACUGAAAGAUUUAUCACCGAAACUGUAACUACAAGACUUACAUCCUUACCGCCAAAAGGAGGGACCAGCAAUGGCUAUGCUAAAACAGGUGGAGGGAGCCGGCUGGAGAAACAGAGCCUGACACAUGGUAGCAGUGGCUACAUAAACUCAAGUGGAAGCGCACGAGGCAAUGCCUCCACCUCCAGUUAUCGGAGGGCUCAUUCACCUGCCUCCACUCUGCCCAACUCCCCAGGCUCAACCUUUGAAAGGAAAACUCACAUCACCCGCCAUGGAACAUAUGAAGGGAGCUCCAGUGGCAACUCUUCUCCAGAAUACCCUCGGAAGGAAUUUGCAUCUUCUUCAACCAGAGGACGGAGCCAAACACGGGAGAGCGAAAUCCGAGUUCGACUGCAGAGUGCGUCCCCAUCUACCCGAUGGACGGAGUUGGAUGAUGUUAAACGUUUGCUCAAGGGCAGCCGAUCAGCCAGCGUGAGCCCCACUCGGAAUUCCUCCAACACACUGCCCAUCCCUAAGAAAGGCACUGUGGAGACCAAAAAGGUGACGGCGAGCUCCCACUCAGUGUCCGGCACCUAUGACACAACUAUCCUGGAUGCCAACCUUCCCUCCCAAAUGUGGUCCUCCACCUUGCCAGCGGGGUCCUCCAUGGGAACCUAUCACAACAACAUGACAACCCAGAGCUCAUCCCUCCUCAACGCCAACACCUAUUCUGCAGGAUCAGUCUUUGGAGUUCCAAACAACAUGGCAUCCUGCUCCUCCACUCUGCACCCCGGAAUCAGCACCUGUUCCUCAGUGUUUGGCAUGCAGAACAACCUGGCCCCCAGCUCAUCUGCCCUGUCCCAUGGCACAGCCAGCACCUCCACAGCAUAUGGUAUGAAGAAAAACAUGCCCCAAGGCCCUCCCGUCGUGAGCACUGGCGUGUCCACCUCUGCCGCCUGUACCACAAGUGUCCAGGACGACCUCUUGCACAAGGACUGUAAGUUCCUGAUCUUGGAGAAAGACAGCGCGCCUGCCAAGAAGGAGAUGGAGCUGCUGAUCAUGAGCAAGGACAGCGGGAAGGUCUUUACUGCCUCCCCUGCCAGCAUCACUGCAACCUCUUUUUCAGAGGACACCCUAAAAAAGGAAAAGCAAGCUGCUUACACUGCUGACACCAGCCUAACGUCAGAGGCUAAUGGACAGGUGAAGACUGUGUCCACAAAGGGCAAGGCCACCUCAGCAGAAAACCAUGGCUACGACCAACAUAAUGGCAACAGUGGCUUUAAAGGUGGCGGUGGUGGCGUUGGCGGCGGUGUUGGCGGGGGCCCGUGGGGGGCGGCACCAGCCUGGUGCCCCUGCAGCAACUGCUGCAGCUGGUGGAAAUGGCUGCUGGGCCUGCUGCUCACCUGGCUGCUCCUCCUGGGGCUGCUCUUCGGCCUCAUUGCUCUGGCGGAGGAGGUGCGGAAGCUGAAAGCACGCGUGGACGAGCUGGAGCGAAUCAGGAGUGGGAUGUCGCAGUAUGAGGAGGAGCUGAUAAAAAGGAGCAACCAGGAGCGACUGCAGGGGCUGGCGCCCUCGGCAGGCGGAGGCUUUGGUACCUCUGGGCUGGACGGCCACAGUCAGGAGGCACUCUGGCUGUUCGUGAGGAACAAGCUGAUGACAGAGCAAGAAAAUGGCAAUCUGCGAGGAAACCCCGGACCCAAAGGUGACGUGGGAAGUCAAGGCCCUAAAGGAGAUCAAGGGUUCCCUGGGCCUCCAGGUAUCCCUGGGGUCUUGGGCAAACCAGGUCCAGAAGGACCAAAGGGACAAAAAGGCAAUGUGGGAGAGCCCGGCAUCGAGGGGCCAAUGGGCCAGAGAGGGCGUGAAGGCCCCAUGGGACCUCGUGGUGAACCAGGGCCACCUGGGUCUGGAGAGAAAGGGGACAGAGGGCCUGUUGGUGAGCCGGGGAUUCCGGGUCCACCUGGUGUCCCGGGUUCUGUGGGGCCCAAAGGUGCCAGCGGUUCUCCUGGCCCACAGGGUUCUCCAGGUCUUCAAGGGCUCCGAGGUGAAGUGGGACUCCCUGGUAUCAAAGGUGACAAAGGACUUAUGGGACCACCAGGACCCAAAGGUGACCAGGGUGAGAAAGGACCCCGAGGCCUCACAGGCGAGCCAGGCUCAAAAGGUCUGCCUGGUGCUGUGGGCGAGCCUGGAGCUAAAGGAGCAAUGGGACCUGCUGGCCCGGAUGGACAACAAGGCCCACGAGGUGAACAAGGUCUCACAGGGAUGCCUGGGACCCGAGGCUCACCAGGACCUUCUGGAGACCCAGGAAAGCCAGGUCUCACCGGACCCCAAGGACCUCAGGGACUUCCUGGCACCCCCGGCCGACCAGGGCCUAGAGGUGAACCGGGAGCUCCAGGCAGGAUCGUGACUGCAGAGGGAUCAUCGACUCUCACUGUCCCAGGCCCCCCGGGACCUCCUGGAGCCAUGGGACCCCCAGGACCUCCAGGUGCCCCAGGCCCUGUCGGCCCAGCUGGUCUCCCAGGACAACAAGGCCCGCGAGGGGAACAAGGACUUGCUGGUGAAUCGUUCCUUAGCAGCAGCAGCUCCAUCUCCGAGCUCCUCUCCGCCCAGGGUCUUGAUUUACGAGGUCCCCCAGGCCCACCAGGACCACCUGGGCCACCAGGACCUUCCAUCCCAGGCACAUCAAGACCCCAAGGCUCCACAGAGAACUUCUACCCUGGCCCUCCAGGCCCACCUGGCCCCCGAGGCCCCAAAGGAGACCAAGGUGAUCCCGGAGUCCCAGGGUCUCCUGGCAUUCCUGGCGGUCGCUCUCAAGGGGGAUCAUCAUCCAGCACCAUGUUCCUGCCAGGCCCACCAGGGCCCCCUGGGCCCCCUGGACCCCCGGGCUCCAUCAGCAGCUCUGGCCUGGAGAUUCAGCACUACAUCUCUGAGUACAUGCAGAGUGACAGUGUCAGGUCUUCUCUAUCUGGAGUUCAGGGUCCCCCGGGCCCACCUGGUCCCCCUGGGCCUGUCAUCACCAUGGCGGGUGAGACUUUCGACUACUCAGAGCUGGCAAACCUCGUCGUGAGCUACUUACGGACUUCGGGGUACAGCUUUGGCUCGUCUGCUUCCAUCUCUUCUGAAGACAUCCUGGCUGCACUGCGGCGGGAGGAUGUGAUUCAAUAUCUACGUCAGUACCUGACAGGCCCUCGGGGUCCCCCGGGGCCACCAGGCGCCAGUGGAGAUUGGUCCCUCCAGUCUUUGGACUACGCAGAGCUGAGCAAUCGCAUUCUCAGCUACAUGUCGAGUUCUGGAAUCAGCAUUGGGCUUCCGGGCCCCCCGGGCCCCCCUGGCUUGCCGGGAACAUCCUAUGAGGAGCUCCUCUCCUUACUCCAAGGGUCUGAAUACAGAGGCAUCAUUGGGCCCCCAGGUCCCCCUGGGCCACCAGGGAUCCCAGGCAACGCAUGGUCCAGCAUCAGCGUGGAGGACCUCUCAUCUUACUUGCAUACUGCUGGCUUGUCAUCCAUCCCAGGCCCUCCAGGCCCUCCUGGUCCCCCAGGCCCUCGAGGGCCUCCAGGUGUCUCAGGAGCUCUGACAGCCUACGCAGCUGAAAACAGCGACAGCUUCCGGAGUGAGCUGAUCAGCUACCUGACAAGUCCUGAUGUGCGCAGCUUCAUUGUGGGGCCCCCAGGCCCUCCCGGGCCCCAGGGCCCCCCUGGAGACAGCCGGCUGGGGUCCGUGGACGGCUCCUACAGUCGUGGGAGCAGCUCUUCACACAGCUCAUCGGUCAGCCGGGGCACCUCCUACAGCUCUUCCAUGGGCAUCGGAGGAACCAGUGGAGGUUCCCUAGGCGAAGGGGGAGCCUUUGGCCCGGACGGUAGCCUGGGCCGAGGCUACGGGGCAGCAGCAGAAGGUGGCGUGUACGCUGGCGACAGCGGCUCCUUCGGGGCCGGCUUUGCUGGGGGCCUGGAUUACAACGAGCUGGCUGUGCGCGUGUCUGAGAACUUGCAACGUCAGGGCCUGCUGCAAGGGUUGCCCUACACUGUCCAGGGCCCACCGGGCCAGCCUGGGCCCCAGGGGCCUCCCGGCGUCAGCAGGGUCUUCUCUGCCUACACCAACGUGACUGAGGACCUCAUGGACUUUUUCCGAACUUAUGGAGCCAUUCCAGGACCUCCUGGACAGAAGGGAGAGGUGGGCAUCCCAGGACCCAAAGGUGCGAGGGGCCCUGCCGGGCCACCUGGUCAUCCUGGGCCACCCGGCCCUCGAGGGCACAAGGGAGAAAAAGGUGACAAAGGUGACCAAGUCUAUGUUGGGCGGAGCCGGAGAAAUGUCGCCCUCAAGCCAUGAGCUUCCCUUGGCGGAACAGCCCGGACCAGUUCUUGCAAUGGUUUAUGGUGUUUAGGUCAAAAUCUCUCCAAAGGGUGAAAGCUGGAGUCUCAAAGUCCUACUGACACAGCAUUGCCAAACAGUCACCUAGAACACUUACUCUGGUCUGGAACUACAUGUAUAAAUAAUUCAGUCAGACACACAAUCUGAAACAGCUUCGCUGGGUAGGCUUGAGUAGUUGCUGUGCUGUAGAAGGAGACCUUCUAACCACUACCUAGAUCAGAGCUCGUCGGCCCCUUUAACACUUGCUUCAAGCCUCAAUCUAGGGUGCCAGUUACAUAAAAGUUGGCUCAGGACUCCUUGAGCUUUGCCUUAAAAAUGAGCCCAGUAAAUGGAAGACCAGGAUGGGAGGGGGUGCCUUCCUGGGGGUGACACUUGAUAGGGGAUGUGCUCUGGUUAAUGCUGUAAAGCUGUGCUAUCGGCCCUUCCUCCCCUGUUCACUCUGUACUCUCUAGUCACAGAAAAGAGUUGACUAAGAAGCAACUCUUGCAACUGAAAAAAUUAAGAAAUUCACUUCCCCUAAAGGUGGUAACAGGGUUUCUACUAGUUAUUUCUCACUAUGUAUCAUAUUCCCACUUGCUUAGAAACUUUGAUUGUAGCUAUGAUCUAUAUCCAUAGGUCAACACUCAAGUUUAUAGAUACGUUAUAUUGAACUAGACUGCAGCAGCAAAUAGGAAGAAAAGGAGAAGAGGGAAAACAGACUAUAACCUGCUGCUGGGGAAAGACGUCACCUCUGCUCUGCACUUAGCGAAUGGCAUCGGGGGCCGGGCGCAGUUGUUUUUUUAAGCAUUUUUCAAUGUCUCAAAACAUUAAUGUGGUCUAUUAGAUGAAAAGUGACUUCAAUUGUAAAAAUUUCCAAUUAAAGGAUUUUUUCCCUUUU